CCUGACUCGCGGGCGCGUUCACGUGCAUCAUUUCCACCAACAUGGAGGAAGCGCGUUCACGUUCCCACUCGUCCUCCUCUCUCCCCGAAAAUCCCCCCAAAAAUGUGGCAUGAAAUGGGUUAAAAGAAAAAAAAAGAGCGAGGGGAAAAAGAGAAAAAAAGAAGUCAAGUGUUGCUUUACGAGGCUGGCUAGCUUGUGCAGGACCCAGAAGUGAACACAACAAGCGACCCGGAAGGUUUCAAGUCCGCCUGACUGCAAAUCGAGACGAAAAGAAAGACGAGUAGCGAUCGUUCCCGAAAAGAAAGAAAAGAAGAAUUCGCUCGGCCGUCUGCUCCAUCCUGCGCAGGCCAGGCAGGCAUCCAUCAGAAUGGCUGAACCUCGCUUUAACAGCCCCUAUUUUUGGCCCCCGCCACCUGCCAUGGCUGUCACUCAGGAGCAGCUGAUGGCGGAGAAGAUCCGGGCAUCCCAUCCAGCCCCUGUCACGCUCCCUUCCCAGCAGCCCUUGCUGUCUCCGGCCGGAGGCCAGCAUGUGGCGUCCAAAAUCCACCAGCCGGACGUCGUCCUGCACGCCAGCCCCGCCCGACCCACCUCCAGCUCACUCACUGGUCGCAUUCUCGGCGAUGUCAACUUGAACCUGGACGAAAAAGCGGCCAUCAAAGCCAGGGGAUUGUGGGAGGACUGGCGUCAGCUCAUCGAGCAUCCCGCUCGGGCAAACCACCUCUCAGGCGUUUCGCUGGCGUCUAGAACCGGAAACCUCAACAACUCUGAGCUAACAUCCCCGGCCACACCGCCCUCGGGAGCCUCCACCCCUCACCUGCUCUCCAGCUUCACCAACCCCCAUGGGAUGGAGCCCGGAAGAACCAACGGAGGGCUCAUGGGUCUACUCGGGGUGUCCAAGCCCCCGAAGGACGGACGUCGAAAAAUCAAAGCGGAAAACGGCUCCUCGCUCUUGGUGGUGCCGUACCCAAUCCUGGCGUCCAGCAAUGACCAGUCACCGAUCAGCAUCACUGCCAAAGAGAAAACCUACAGGUGUAAAGUGUGCCCGCUGACCUUUUUCUCCAAGUCGGACAUGCAGAUCCACUCCAAGAUACACACGGAGGCCAAGGCGUACAAGUGCCCUCACUGCACCAAGACGUUCGCCAACGCUCCGUACCUGGCGCAGCACCUGCGCAUCCACCUGGGGCUCAAGCCGUACCGCUGCGCCUACUGCGAGAAGUGCUUUCGACAGCUCUCACACCUGCAGCAGCACACCAGAAUCCACACGGGCGAUCGUCCGUAUAAAUGCUUCCAACCCGGAUGCGAGAAAGCCUUCACUCAGUUGUCUAAUCUGCAGUCGCACCAGAGGCACCACAACAAAGACAAGGCGUUCAAGUGUUCCAACUGCUUCCGGGCGUACUCUGACGCGGCGUCGCUGCAGUUGCACCUUUCCGCCCACGCCAUCAAGAUGGCUCGGGCCUACUGCUGCAGCACGUGCGACAGGGCGUACACGUCGGAGACCUACCUCAUGAAGCACAUGUGCAAGCACGCGGCGGCGCAGCACGCGGGGCCUCGGAGGAGCGACGCCCCCCACCACCACCCCCGGACCGAUGCCUCGGACCUGAGCGCAGCCGCCAUUUUGUCCCGACAUCAUCUCUCUCUCUCCGUUUAGUAGGCAACGACCAUACAACUGAUGGACUCGGUAUGACCAAAAAAAAAAACAAAAAAGUGCCAGAGUGUACUAAUAUCUUAUGAGGUACUACUUUCCUCUUUAUUAAUUUUAUAUAUAUAUAUAUAUAUAAAUAUAUAUAUAUAUAUAUAUAUAUAUAUAUAUAUAUAUAUAUAUAUAUUAUGUACAACCCCAAUUCCAAUGAAGUUGGGACAUUGUGUUAAACAUAAAUAAAAACAGUAUACAAUGAUUUGCAAAUCAUGUUCAACCUAUAUUUAAUUGAAUACACUGCAAAGACAAGGUAUUUAUUGUUCAAGCUGAUAAACUUUAUUGUUUUUAACAAAUAAUCAUUAACUUAGAAUUUUAUGGUUGCAACAUGUUCCAAAAAAGCUGGGAAAGGUGGCAAAAAAGACUGAGAAAGUUGAGGAAUGCUCAUCAAACACCUUUUUGGAACAUCCCACAGGUGAACAGGCUAAUUGGGAACAGGUGGGCGCCAUGAUUGGGUAUAAAAGGAGCUUCCCUGAAUUGCUCAGUCAUUCACAAGCAAAGAUGGGGCGAGGUUCACCUCUUUGUGAACAAGUGCGUGAGAAAAUAGUCGAACAGUUUAAGGACAAUGUUCCUCAACGUACAAUUUUAGUAUUCUGUUUUUAUUUAUGUUUAACACAAGGUCCCAACUUCAUUGGAAUUGGGGUUGUAUGUAUGUAUGUAUGUAUGCACACACACAUACACACACGCGCAUCUCGAUUAUGUCUAAUGAGCACUUUGAGGCCUGGAAAGGACAGACCUUUAACAUUUAUUGUGAUGUCACAGAUUGUUCUUUUUUUAUACGGUCCCUAACUUUUUUAAUGCUCGUUAAGGUAUCGUCUAUAUAUAGUACGCAUCUUACGUUUAUGUAAAUAUGAUGUACUGGGUUUUUGUAUCGUCUAUUUAUUCUUUUUGGCCACGUUCCCUCUGGAGAUCACUUAUGUUUUUGAUAAUGAAAACAUAAAACAAAACAAAAACAGUUCAAUCCAAAGGCCAACAUAUUAGGUGCACUCGCACAAUUUAAUAAGAUCCCCUAAUAAGAGAGUUGUGUUAACAAAAUUUGCCUUUACAAAGACGAUAAUGAUAAGUUUAACUUUUUAAGUUUAAACUGUAAUCUGUUUAUUAUUGUGGUAGCCUUGUGAGUCCUAACACAAAAACAACAUAGGAUUGACUGUCAGCCUCUUUUUAAAGAAUAAAACAAUC